CUAAGUUAAGUGAAAGAAGUAACUACAACUCCCAUUUAUUAUUUCGAUUGUUCGUUGUACCUAUUUAAAAAUGUGGUCCUCCCACUUAAUAUUUAAACAGGUAAAAGCGAUUUACGGGGAAUUUCGAAUGUCACAUGUUUCUGCAUGUAUUCACACUGUUUGCAUGAUCAGAGGAAAAAUACCUAAUUGCUAUUCUCCUUUUUUAGAAAUGGUGCAAAGAUCAGUUUUAGCCCACAAUCCCAAACAGCAGACCAAAGGGUUGAAAUGCUACAGCGAAGCUUUAAAUGAACUGUUCAAAGCAGUUACAAACCAGCCUGACCAGUUUGUUAGGGAUCACAGUCUUCAUGGCAGUAAUGAAAACCCAAGUUUGGACUCUACAGAAGUUUCACUUCAGGACUCUCAGAUGCUGUUAACAGAAACAGAUGUGACUUUGCCUUCCUGUCUGGACGUUAGUUCUGACUUUCAGGAAAUUGCCAAGGACAGAGAAUUGCAGUGGGCCGGCCAAUUCCCAGACUCACAUGGCUCAUCUUCAUUGAUACUAGUAAAGGUUUACCAAGAACUGAUGUCCAUUUACAACCAGCUAAAGGCAGAGAGACACAGUCAGCAGCAGUGGGAGAGGGAGCUGCACGAGCGUGAAAGGAGGCUCAAACAACAAGAGGAGGCUUUUGAGAGACUAGCUGGACUUGACGGGACUGUCCACAGUCGCAUUCUGGCUGCAGAGGAGAAACAUCAGAAAGAACUGAGCAGGCUGCAAGAUUUCAUCCGAGAGAAAAACAAAGAGAACAAGAGGCUUAAAUGCAGUUUUGACACCAUUAAGGAGCGAAAUGACAGCAUGAGGAAACAGUUGGAUGAGCUCAAUGAACAAAAUAAGAAGCUGGAGAGCCAGUACAAGAGGUUGCAAGCACGAUUUGAGAACCUACAGAGGAAACUUGAGCACUGCACGAACGCCUGUCAGAAGGGGAGUAUAAACAGUAAAGAGUGUAAUAAACCUCACGUAAAGGAGAAAACUGCUGCCUCUGGAAAACCCGGUGACAAGGGCAGCUCAAGUCCCAUCCAAAUCAAGCUCUUAGCACUUCUGCUGGAAUGGGUCCUUGAUGGACAGAUGCUGUCAUCAGUAGCAGGAAAUGAACUGGGAAGUGUUGGCCAGUGUUUGCCCCCAGAGUUUCUACUGAAUGAGAGAUCUGUCAAGGUGCUGCCAUUAUUAGCUGACCAGCUUCAUCUCACGCCUCCGUCGGAGCCUAACCUCCUCCUCAACCUUCUCCGCCUCAUUUACUCAGCUUUGAUGCACUUGGACAAGAGCAUUCAGCACGUAUCGCUAUCUGCCACUUUGCGGCGAAUUGGAGAGGAGGUGUCAAGGCCUGCAGCCCAGUCAACCAUGUUCCAGUCCAAAGACUCAGACCUGCCCAUGUCUUGUAUCAAAGCCACUGAGCCCUUCAGGAGUUGGCCGCUUUCCCAGAGCCCUUGUCCUCACACACGUAUUCUUGCAAACCUCAUCAUCCUUCGCACCCUAACACAAGCCGAUGUACUGGCCCAGGCAUUUGACAGACUCCAUGCUGAUCUUAAAUGCGAGGAGAGUCGACGUCUGUACAUCCAAUAUGGAGGAGUGUUUGUGCUGCUGUCUGUGCUUAGGUCUGGUCGCAUAGGGCUUCGCCAACUUAUAGACAUCCUAAUGCAACUCACUGAACAGUCCCGCUACUUAAAUGCAUUUCUAGAGGCUUGUAGCUGUGAGGAGUUUUUCAGGACAGUUUCUCAGCUCCUUAAAAACCCUUGUCUGGAGCUGCCAUCACUCGAGAAGCUCUCCAUCCUUCUGCAGAAGCUCUCCAGCAUAAGGAAAAACCGUCAUCUGUUUGAGCGCUCGUCCAUCCACCUCCAGAUACAAGACCUGCAUCACAAAACUGACCCCGCUCACACGUUCCUGUGCCUCAACCUUAGAGCCAUCCUUCACAACCUGAAAUAACACGUUUCUCCUGUUUUUCUUAGUUUAUGUUAAAGCACAACCUUUUUAUGGAAGAUGACAUACCUUCUAAUUCAUAACUCCUGCUCUUUAAUGUCUGCACGAGUAAAUCACGAGGGCAUCAGUUUUAGCUAAAACAUCUGCAUGGAUAAUCUGUCAAUACUAAUGUUUUUUUUUUUAUCGUUCUUUUACUUGAGAAGUUUUCCUACUCUUUUUUUGUACUUGAUUACCCAUGUGUUGUUCUUUUUUUUGUUUUUGUUGUGUUCCACAUUGUUAACCUGAUUUUUUCCAUGUGAUUAAAAAUCUUUUCUUUAAAAUGAAUGUCCCUUUUGCAGAUGAAGGACUUAUGACUUUGAAACUUUUUGAUGACAAUACACAAAAGUUCCGAAGUAAAGUUUGGAAACCAUACGAAAUGUCUGAAAUUCAUAUGUUAUAUAGAGAAAAAUAAAAUAUUUUUCCCAGAGCAUGGGUGGGCUGAUGGCAGUAAUGGUCUCGGUAUGAGACACGCUUGUGAUGGAGAAAAUUGAAGUACUGGAACAAUUACAGCUUAUAUUUCAAAAGCACUUGUUGAAAACCACUUUUUUGGGAGGUUGAAUUUGAAAGAGCGUGUCCAGCAUUUUUUUAGGUCCCUGCAGCAUCACAAUUCCUUAAAUAACUACAUGUGUUGGAAAUGUUUUUGCACAGAUAACGUUGAAGUAUGGCAAACUUGUUGGAAGAUUUUCUUGAUUUGUUGCCCAUUGAUCAUUAUUCAAUUUGAUGGUAUAGAAUAAAGCCUGCUUG